AUGGUUGCCUUUGGGAAAAAGUUGAAAGAAAGACAAAUUCAAGAAUGGCAAGGAUAUUACAUUAACUACAAAUUAAUGAAGAAACGAGUAAAGUACUAUGCUCAACAAAUUCAACUUGGAACACAAGAUCGCCGGCACGUGCUCAAGGAUUUCUCAAGAAUGCUGGAUAUUCAGGUAUGUUCUCGUUGUGGAUUUAGUGUUAACAUUUGUUUCAAGCACUUCCUUGCUACAAUUCAGAUUGAGAAGAUUGUCCUUUUCCUCUUGGAACAACAAGGGAUUUUAGCAAGCAGAAUAGCAAAGCUUGGAGAACAGCAUGGUGCUAUUCAGCAGGAGCCUCACAUAAGCAAAAUAUCAGAACUACGAGAAGCUUAUAGAGCAGUGGGACUAGAGCUACUAAAGCUUCUCAAUUUUGUAGAGAUGAAUGCUGUUGGUUUGCGCAAGAUAUUGAAAAAGUUUGACAAACGCUUUGGCUACAGAUUUACUGAUUACUAUGUUAAAACUCGCGCAAAUCAUCCUUACUCCCAGCUGCAACAAGUGUUCAAGCAUGUGGGAUUUGGAGCUGUUGUGGGAUCUUUAUCUCGCAACCUUCAUGACCUUCAGGACCGUCAAGGAAGCUACUUAUCAAUUUAUGAUCAACCUACUCUUCCCCUUCAGGAUCCUGUCAUUGAUUCAAUAAGAGCUGCUGUUGAUAGAUUAACCAACUCAACCAACUUCCUUAACUUUUUGGGGAUGCAUGCACUCAUUAUGCAAGAGGAGUUGCCUGCACCUGCUGAUGAGCCUAUUGAUGAUCAAAGAUACCAUUUUAUGUCUCUAUCCUUGAAUUUGGCAAACACUUUUUUGUAUAUGGUCAAUACAUAUAUUAUUGUCCCUACAGCAGAUGAUUACUCCAUGAGUCUUGGGGCUGCACCAACGGUUUGUGGUAUUGUGAUUGGGGCAAUGGCUGUGGCGCAGGUGUUUUCUUCAGUGUAUUUUAGUGCAUGGUCAAAUAAAUCAUACUUCAGACCUCUUGUAUUCAGUAGCAUUGUUCUUUUUCUCGGCAAUGCCAUGUAUGCUUUGGCAUACGAUUUUAAUUCUAUAUGGAUUCUCUUAAUUGGUCGUCUUUUAUGUGGAUUUGGUUCUGCCAGAGCUGUUAACCGGCGUUAUAUUAGUGAUUGUGUGCCUUUAAAAAUCCGCAUGCAAGCAUCAGCAGGUUUUGUUAGUGCCAGUGCUCUUGGGAUGGCCUGUGGUCCUGCAUUAGCUGGCUUACUGCAGAUCAAUUUUAAGAUUUUCAGGAUUACGUUUAAUCAAGACACCUUACCAGGGUGGGUUAUGACUAUUGCUUGGCUGAUAUAUCUUAUAUGGUUGUGGUUAACUUUUAAGGAACCUUCUCGUGACAUUGAAGACAAUCAAACACCACAUCCAUCUCAUGCUGCAGAUAACAGUGCACUUGAAAAAGGCCUAAAACAACCAUUGCUGAUUAGUUCAGUAGAUACGGUAGAUGAAGAUGCCGAUCAGGAUAAUGAUGAUAGUGAAGAAGCUCCAGAGGAUUCUCGUCUUCCAGCCACUUCAAUUGGAUCAGCUUAUAGACUCCUUACACCUUCUGUAAAGGUCCAGUUAUUGAUAUAUUUCAUGCUAAAAUAUGCAAUGGAGAUUUUACUAUCAGAAUCUAGUGUCAUCACAACAUACUACUUCAAGUGGUCAACAAGCACAGUUUCCAUUUUUCUUGCUUGCCUUGGCUUGACAGUUCUUCCCGUUAACAUUAUUGUUGGAAGUUAUAUAAGCAAUAUGUUUGAGGACAGGCAAAUUCUGUUGGCAUCAGAAAUAAUGGUUUUCAUAGGCAUACUUUUCAGCUUCCACAUAAUCUUUCCAUACUCUGAACCACAGUACAUUUGUUCAGGUCUUCUUAUGUUUGUUUCUGCUGAAGUACUUGAAGGUGUGAACUUGUCACUCCUGUCACGAGUUAUGUCAUCAAGGCUUUCUCGUGGAACAUAUAACGGAGGGCUCUUGUCUACAGAGGCAGGGACACUUGCACGAGUGAUUGCCGAUGCAACAAUUACAUUGGCUGGUUACAUGGGUGUGAGUAGGCUCCUUAAUAUCACGCUGCUUCCUUCGCUCUUCAUUUGCAUAGCUUCCAUCUUUGCAACCUGCUAUACCUACAAUUCUUUAUAUUGA